AUGGAGCCAAUUCCAGAGAUUAGUGGUCCUGUCACUCGAGGUGCUCAUGGUCGCAAUGCUACUGGUGUACGCACUCGGAGAGGUGUUCAAACAAACAAUAACUUGGAAGCUCCACGCAUCGUAGAGCAAACCCAGUCCUCCCAUACACCUGUCACUAAUUAUGGGCCAGCUUCUCCGACUUCGCAGAAUGCCCCUCAUGCCCCAGCACCCGUCAAUGCUCAAGGUGACGUACACGGAGUCCUCAAUGCUAUUAGAGGAUACUUUGAGCGUCAAGAGGAACGAGAUGAAAUUCCACGGGGUAGGAAUAAUACUUUAGAUCACUUUAAGAGAUUGGGACCACCGGUUUUUGAAGGCAAGCCAGAUCCAAUCUUUGCUGAACGUUGGAUUCGUCAAGUGGAAAAGACAUUCGAAGCUAUCGAAUGUAGGGAAAAUCAUAAAGUGCCUUUUGCUUCUUUCAUUUUGGAAGGGAAGGCUGGAGGUAAUGUGGUAACUUGGGAGCAGUUUAAAUAUGCAUUUUAUGAGCAGUUCUUUCCUGACUCAGUUCGCUUUGAGAAACAAGAAGAGUUCCUUAGCAUCCACCAAGGAAAUAGAACUGUAAUGGAAUAUGAUCAUCAUUUCACUGAGUUGGCUCAGUUCUCUCCACAUAUUGCUUUUAAUGAAAGUCAAAGAGCUCGUCAUUUUGAGAGGGGACUUCGAUCAUCAAUUAGAAAGUCUGUGGCAGUACUGAUUUUACCAACAUAUGCUGAAGUGUUAAAUCGAGCUUUGGUGGUAGAGAAAUUGGAUAAUGAAUUACAACAAGCAAAGGAUCGAAAGCGACCUUUUAGUGCUACACCAUUUACAUAUGCGGGAUCACAUUCUGAACCCUCAAAGAAAGGAAAAGGCAAACAGUUCGGGCAUCAACAAGCGGGAGCUCCUAGCAAUCAAGUUAUUAUAAGAUGUUAUUUAUGUGGGAAGACAGAUAAUGUUUCCACCUCAUGCCCCAUGGGACAACGCGUAUGUUUUUAUUGUCAACAACCGGGGCACAUGUCGAAGGAUUGCCCACGGAAGCAAUAUCAACGCCGAGCUCCACCCCAAACAAUUGGACAACAACAGCUACGACCCAGAGAUGAAGGACAGGCAAGAGUCUAUGCACUGACUCAUCAAGAUGCUGAAGCCUCGGGAUCUAUUAUUAAAGGUAUCAUCACACUCUGUGGUAUGCCAGCAUCUGUGCUUAUUGAUUCUGGUUCUACACAUUCUUUUAUAUCACCCUAUUUUGCUAUGAAAUUACAUAAGAAUCGUGAGACAAUGAAUAAUGCAUUAAUG